GGGGAGAAGGGGCUCUGCGCCGGGUCAGGCUACACAUCAGCGCACGUUGGGGCCGCCGUGCCACCGGACACAUUUAGGACCAUGACCUUGGAAAGCAAAGUCGUGCGGGAGACGGACGGAGGACAGGAACUGGACAACGGAACUUCUCCAGUGACAGAUCCACACGAUCCCGAGUCCAGACAGAGCGCUUCACCCUUCGGGGAGGAGGGCAAGGACAGGGCGACCUUCCCGGCGAAGCCCCCGUACUCUUACAUCGCUCUCAUCACAAUGGCAAUCCUCCAGAGCCCGAGGAAGAGACUCACCCUCAGCGAGAUAUGCGAUUUCAUCAGCGAGCGCUUCGCGUAUUACCGGGAGAAGUUCCCCGCGUGGCAGAACUCCAUCCGCCACAACUUGUCUCUGAACGACUGCUUCGUCAAAACGCCCCGGGAGCCCGGGAAUCCCGGGAAGGGGAAUUACUGGACCCUGGAUCCCAUGUCGGCCGGCAUGUUUGAAAACGGGAGUUUUCUUCGGCGGCGGAAACGCUUCAAGAGACAACACCUGUUUUGGGGCGCGCGGAAGGAGCUCAGGGCGAAGGAGCGCGCCCCGGUGCCGGCGUUUCCUCCCCUCGGAGCGCACAGGAUGAGCUACUUUCCCCCCCACGGCCACGGCUUGUUCCACGACCUGGGAUUAAGGGGUCGAUUCGGCCCACAGACUGGUCCCAUACCAGCACUCGCGUCGCUCCUCUCCAAGAGCUUCCCGUCGUGCCUGCGCUUGGAGCCGUGCGGCCCGGGACGCUGCGCCGCUGUCCCGGCUCCGUCUCCGGGCGGCACGGAAUGGUUCCCAACCAGCCCGUUCCUCAGCUGUCCGGUCCCGCCGCUGGGGCCCUAAACGUUUGGGCUAAUUUAUUGCUGCGAUGCUGUAAUGGCCGGCUGUCGGUGAAUCUUCUUGCCUGCGUGUAGAAAAUAAACCCGCAAUGUGUCCAAGUACAGCUUUGGAAUGAUGUGAUGGAGAAGGUCGCACACAGGUUUCCAACAUACACUCACCGGCCACUUUAUUAGGUACACCUGUCCAACUGCUUGUUAACACUUAAUUUCUAAGCAGCCAAUCACAUGUCGGCAACUCAGUGCAUUUAGGCAUGUAGACAUUGUCAAGACAAUCUCCUGCAGUUCAAACCGAGCAUCAGUAUGGGGAAGAAAGGUGAUUUGAGUGACUUUGAACGUGGCAUGAUUGUUGGUGCCAGAAGGGCUGGUCUGAGUAUUUCAGAAACUGCUAAUCUACUGGGAUUUUCACGCACAACCAUC